AAGCAUGUCAUAGAUUUGAUCUAAUAUAGUACAAUGCACUGUUAGUUGCCUAUGGUUGUAGCAUUGAGGAGACUGUGGAUCAUGUCCUUUAUGGAUUUUUUUUCUUUUAGUUAAAUGAUUUGUAGGAUGAUUCCAGUAUGUUUAUACACAUUUAAAUUUGACAAACAAAAUCCAACACGCCACCUGACUUGUAUUCCUGUUACUGCAAUGCUUUAUUUUAUGGAGCUGUAAUUUACAAUCAACCAACUUUGACAAAUUGGUAACCUGGUACUUAAUAAAUAGAAAAUGGAGACAAAUGUUGUAGGACCGUAAUUUUAGUUGGAGCUGAAAUGAUCGACGGCAGCUUUAAUGAAGCAAAAAUGACAAAAACAAAUCACUGGUUUCAGCAUCUCCAUUGUGAGGCUAAUCUGCUUUUCUCUGUGUUGUAUCGCUGUAAAUUGAAUAUUUUAAGGUUUUGGACUGUUGGUCGGACAAACAUUUUAGCUUCUUUAAGAGGUUACCUUGUGCUCAGGGAUCCGGGCCGGUUAGUUGUGUUGAGUUUAUGAGCAGUUGUUGGGUUUCUUAACUGUCCCAUUUAGGCUAAAUUAAACUUACAAGACCUUUUAUAGAAUUAGACUAGGCCUACUUGAUUAGUCCAUUAGUCGAUCUCCAGAAAAUUAGUUGCGAACCAUUAGAAAAUCUGCAACCAUUCUUUGAUUUCAGCUUUCCCAUGUGAGUAUAUUCCUACUGCAUUUUUCUGUUUUAUGUCAUUGUAAACUGAAUAUAUUUUGGGUUUCGGACUUACGGUUGAACAAAACGAGACAUCUGGAGACUUCAGGGAAACGCGGUUGACAUUCUCCUGAGUUUUCACACAUUUUUAUAGACAAAACGGAUGAAUUGAUUCAUCAAAAACAUGUAAAAUCGAAAAGAAUUUAACCUAAACAGUGGGUGUUUGCGCAUUAUAAUAAAUAGUGAAUGUGUUCUUAAUUAAUUGUAUUUGUAAAGGCCAAAGUCAAAAGGAAACGCCUGAAAACUAACGUAAACUCAAAACGUCUGCCCGCCAAUCUACAUGAACUACACCUCCCAUGAUGCAGCGCUCCCAGGGAGGCCGCCCUCCCUCUUUCCCCCCACGUGAUGGUCUCCGACCAAUGGGGACUGUCGUUACAGGCGCAAUGCGGUUGUCGGGAUGUAAGGAGGAAUGGCGACGGUCGACACGGUUUUGGACGCCCGAGUAGAGCUGAAUGUGACCAAACAGAAGCUGAACACAGGUUUCAAUCCCUUCACCUCCAACUAAACCGUUAGCGAUAGAGAAUCCACAAAUGGAAACUGAAGUAACAGUGACCGCCUCAUCGAGCGCCGUCUCAUCCUCCGCUCCGCACGCUUUGACCGCCCAGGCCAAUCUGGCAGCAAAGCAGCGAGACAGCAGAAAGACCACAUCCUCAACUCCCGCCUUCCUCUCCAACCUGGGGAGGGCCACCCUGCGGGGGAUCCGCAAGUGUCCGCAGUGUGGCGUCUACAACGGCACCCGUGGGCUCAGCUGCAAGAACAAAGCCUGUGGGAUUUCCCUCAGAAAUGCCUCCGCGGCGGCGGGCAGGAACAGCAGGAAAUGUGCGGUGGAGGUGGUGAAGGUGAUCAUAGACAGCGAGGAGAGAGCGGGGAAAGAGCGUGAGGGUGCAGGAGACCUGGGCGGCGGCUCAGGUGGGGGAGUGCAGGUGUUUUCGGUGUGUCAUCGAGGACGAGGAGCCACAGCUACGCAGUUGGGCUUUGUCGAGCUCGUCCCCACUGAUACGGCCAUAGCGACGGGUGACGGCGCCACGCUGCUUACCCGCAUCAACCUGGGCCGCUGCUUUUUGCCGUCGUGCAGGCAGGGUCAAAGGUCAAAUCCGGGCGAGACGGAAUCAGCAGAGGCCGGCUCAAAACAGUCCUCAGACAGCCUCUGCGUCCACAUCAAGCAAGCCAUAGAGUGCCAGAGCCGCGCGACGCCGCUGACAUUAAAAAGCUCUGUCCUGGAGGGUCUGCAGGCCUCCAUUCAAGCCAGGGAGGAGCUGUGGAGGCUGGCCACAGAGUCUCCGGGGCCCCUGGUGCAGCGCGUCGCAAAAGACCGCAUGGUGGUGAAGUGCCACACGUGUUCCCAGCAUCCUCUGGGGCUGCUGCAUCUCACUGUGGGUGCAGGCGGACUGUCUGGGAUUUCGAAGAGCGAGAGAAGGGGCCGAGAGCAGCAGCAGCAGCAGCAGCAGCAGCAGCAGCAGGCCGUCUUUCACUGCGCCUGUCAGGUCAGCAGCAGCAGAAGAAGUAAACCUGGUGUCGAUGGAGCCGGUGGAUCCACCAACUCUCACCCCCCACCUCCCAGCGCUGUCACGUCACAACCCUGCCUGCACUUCUACGCCUGUGUGUGCGCCUUUGCAAGCGAUGAGAAACUGGCGUCAGAGUUCGCUGCUUUCAUCAGCUACACCCCCAGUGGUGUCCAGCAUAACGCUCCCAGUAGACUAAUGAGUCCCAGUGAGAAGCCUCUGCAACAGGCCGGACCCGUCAGCUCUCAUCAUAAAACAAAGAAACUUCGCCUGGAUGACUCUCUCUCUGCCCCCUCAGUGGCCUCUGUCUCUGGGGUGGGGAAGGAGGGAGUGUCAGCCUCCGGCCUGACGAAGGCUGGUCAGAGGAAAGCCCCCUGUGCUGGUGGGCUGAAGGCUCCAGGGAGUACGCAGGCUGUGGAUGAGCGCACAGUGGCGAUGGGCUUCCAGCAGUGGCUGGCCAGCGUCACCGAGAGGAUCCACCAGGCGAUGCACUACCAGUUUGAUGGGAAACCACAACCUCUGGUGUACCACAUCCCCCAGGAGUUCUUCAACGCCCUGCAGCAGCGUCUGUCGCUGGGCUCCAAGAAGAGGAGGCUGCCCAACUUCACCACAGCGUUUGUGAGGAAUGAUGGCCUUCCUCUCGGCUCUUUCUCCAAGUACACCUGGCACAUCACCAAUCUCAUGCAGGUCAAACGCAUCUUCGACACCUCGGAGUUGCCUCUGGAGCUCUCUCAGAGUUUUGUAAAGAACGCCGACGGCUCCUAUUCGCGGUUUCGCUGCCCUGAGCCUCCGCCUGAACAAGAACUACCAGACGGAUACAGGACGGAUCGGCCGCAGGCCAUACGACCGAUGGAGCUCCGCACUUUCCUCAAAGUCGGACCAGCAGAUCAGAAGGAGGUCAGUCCGUUUGUGAUCGAGUGGAUCCCAGAUGUUCUCCCUCGCUGUCAGAUGGGAGAGCUCCGGAUCAGCUUUGAAUUUGGCCACGAGCAGAGUGGUCAGCCGGAGAACUGUGAGAAAACGAGCGCGGCAGAGAAAGGCGGUCGUAACAAGUCGGACUUAACCCAAUCCAAACACAAAAAGGCUGUUGACAUACUCCAGAUGGUUGUCUAAGAGUAACCUGUGUCAACACCUGCAACAAUGCGUUUUGUCAUGACAGAUAUGGAUGGAUAUAACUCCUAUUUACAUGUACAGUAUGUGACUUACCUCAUAUAUCCAUGUUAUAUUAUGCAACGUAUGGAUUAUCAAUUGCCAUGUCAUUUACACAGUACAGUAUUGAUAACAGUAUUUUUAGACAUUCCAGUCUGUAGUGGAGCACUCGUCAUAAUGCAUUUUCCUUAAAAUAUGUAUAAUGUCCAACUCACAAAUAACAACAAAAAAGGAAGUAUAUUUUAAAGAAAAAUAUCUAUUUUUUUAAACACAUGACCUAUACACUUUUUUAACUAAAGACGGAGCAUACAACCUGAAAGAAUGUAAAGAAACAACAAGCAUUUAAAACAAAAUAAGAACUUUUUGUUUGUUUUUAUCAAUUGGUGACACAUUGUCACGCAAGACACAUUAACUUUAUCCUGUUACCUAACUAUUCCUAAAGGUGUAAAGACCUGUGUUUAAAAACUCUCAGAAAGAUUUUUGUUUGGCAAUGUAAGCAUUAAGAAAAUAAAACACAUUUAAUGGAUAAAA